AUGUUAAAUGCAUUAUUUUUCACGGAUGAUGGUGAGGAUGAUUAUACAAAUCUUGCAGCAUACCGAAGGCAUUUGCGGAAACAGCUAGAUCCGCUUGAAUUACCAGAUAAAACGUUUAUUCAAAAUUUUCGACUUUCGAAGGCGCUGUUUAUUGAAAUUCUUGGCAAAAUAGCACCGUUUAUUGCCCCUAAACAUAACCGGGGAUUAUCAGCAAAGGAAAAGUUGGCGACAACUUUACGGUUUUUGGCACAAGGAUCAUACCAGCAGGGUGUUGGUAAAGAUUUCAACAUGGCAAUUGGGCAAUCAACUUUUUCCGAAACAUUGGAUCAAACCCUAUCCGCGCUGGAGCGUGAACUUGCCUAUGCUAUCGACAUAAAUAUGACAGAAGACGAAAAAUCAGACGCCAGGCAAUAUUUUUAUGCAAAAUUACCCGUACCUGGUGUAUCCGCACAGAAAUGGCGAACCCAAUACGACUGAAGCACU